GUCCUGGGCGCCGCGGGAGUUUGCACCGUGAUGCUGCCUCACCUGUUCCGCGCGUGGAAGCAGCAGGCGGGCAGUUUUGCAAGCUGACAGGAGUCGCGGGAACACACACUGCCCACACCCCAGGCAGAAGGGAUGGGUUUGUGCGCUCAGGUCCGCCUGCCGGGUCGGGAUGAACUCGCGGGUGGAGGUCCAGGGAGGCGCCCUCUGAAACAGAGCUCUUUCUUUGGUGGAGAACAAAACCUGGGUUUUAAAAUGGAAAAUUUUGAUGCAUCACUUAGUACCUAUUUCAAGGCAUGGCUAGGCCCCCGAGAUACCCGAGUGAAAGGAUGGUUUCUUCUGGACAAUUACAUACCUACUUUUAUCUGCUCCCUCAUAUAUUUACUAAUUGUGUGGCUGGGACCAAAAUACAUGAAGAACAGGCAGCCCUUCUCCUGCCGAGGAAUUUUAGUGGUGUAUAACCUUGGCCUCACGCUGCUGUCUCUCUACAUGUUCUGUGAGUUAGUGACAGGAGUGUGGGAAGGCAAGUACAACUUCUUCUGUCAGGGCACGCGCAGCGCGGGAGAAGCGGAUAUGAAGAUUAUCCGUGUCCUCUGGUGGUACUACUUCUCCAAACUUAUAGAGUUCAUGGACACCUUCUUCUUCAUCCUGCGUAAGAACAACCAUCAGGUCACGGUGCUGCACGUCUACCACCAUGCCUCCAUGCUGAACAUCUGGUGGUUUGUGAUGAACUGGGUCCCCUGUGGCCACUCUUAUUUUGGUGCCACACUUAACAGCUUCAUCCACGUCCUCAUGUACUCCUACUAUGGUCUGUCUUCUGUCCCUUCCAUGCGUCCAUACCUCUGGUGGAAGAAGUACAUCACUCAGGGGCAGCUGCUGCAGUUUGUGCUGACCAUCGUGCAGACCAGCUGCGGCGUCGUCUGGCCGUGUUCCUUCCCUCUCGGUUGGUUAUACUUCCAAAUUGGAUACAUGAUUUCUCUGAUUAUUCUCUUCACAAACUUCUACAUCCAGACUUACAAUAAGAAGGGGGCCUCCCGGAGGAAAGAACGCCUGAGGGACCACCAGAACGGCUCCGUGACUGCCGCGAACGGACACACCAACAGCUUUUCCUCCCUGGGAAACAGCACGAAGCCGAGGAAGCAGCGGAAGGAUUGAGGUCGAAGAGCAACCUCCAAACCGUGUCGCCUGAUUGUAAGCACAGUACAAGUUGUGCCCGAUACGCGUUAGCAGCUGCUGUACCUAGUCUGGCCUACAACAGUGUGGUUCACGUAGGGUCUCUUUCAUCAGUUCAAAACCCCUAGAAAAUGUAUGCCGAUUAGACAAGUAGGUGUAAGAUUCUCCACAUUUCUGGGCUCUCACCAGCCCCUGCACUACCGUGCAGAGGGCGUGUUCUUGUAGUAUAUACAACACUGCUGUUGCCUUAUUAGUUUUAACAUGAUAGGUGCUGAAUUGUGAUUCACAAUAUACAAACACUGUAAUCCAAACUUUUUUUUUUACUGUAGAUCAUGCAUGUGAUUGUAAAUUUAUACAAUGUUACAGUAGAGAAACACACAUGCCUUAAAAUUUAAAAAAGCAGGGCCCAAAGCUUCUUAGUUUAAAUUAGGGUAUAUUUCAAUGUUUUAUUUGUUUCCAAAAGCUCUGAUUAGAAAAAUGAAAGACCAUGAUUUUUGAAACUAGCGUGUGACACAUAAUUUCAGGUGACUUGUACAUGUGAAACCAGAAAUGGCACCUUCGGUUUUGUAAUAUUGGCUUUAAAUCAGGCAGGCUCCAAUCUAGUGGAACAGUCAGUUUAACUUUUUAACAGAUAUUAUUUUUUUAUUUUGAGUGCCACUAUUAAUAAUGUAAAAAGGAGGGGUGGGGGGGCUCUAAAGUGGUCUUGAAACUUAAAUAUAUAUUCUUUAUCUUCAAGAUGGUAGGAAGUGUGUAGGAUGAGUAGGCCAUUUUUAAUUUCUGAAGCACUAAGUGUUUUUAUACGGGAACAAAGCCCAUUUUGCUCUCCACGCCUGAGCGAGAGGAGACACAGUUUCCUCCUUCCCUCCGAGAGGGAGGACCGUCUCCUGUCGGACGGAGCGCCAGGGUGAGCAGUGGUUGCGGGGGCCAAAUGUGGAAUGAUUUCUGUACUGCUAUCUGUUUGGACGCAGACUUCCUUUUAAAAUGUGCCUAGCUUACCAAAAUCAGUAAAGAAGGAAAAAGAACCUUCCUUUAAAAAAAUUAAGGUAAAAUUAAACAGAUAGCGACAGCAUAAGAGAACUGGGAAAUUGGAUAGAGAUUAUUUGUGUAAUGUAAAUCUAAUAGCACCUGUACUUUCUUCCGCUUAGAAUAUAAAAAUUUGUUUAGAAUCGCUUGGUUAAAAAUAGUAGACUACUUAUGAAAUCAUGUCUCACCCCCGUGAGGUAGUGGUCAGAUCGACAAGGACUAAUGUGCGUGUCAUUUCGGGGUGUCAGAAUUUAGUCUCUAAAUACCUUCUCCCCUGGGGGAGGAAAUAUUCGUCGAACCACUCGUGACACAUCUUAGAAAGUCAUUGACAAUGUAUAAACUAAUCUGUUGGUUUGGUAUUUAUGUAAAUAUCAUGCUUUGAUUUUGCACAUUCACAUUAUAGGGAGCCAGUUGGUUCUCUUACUAGUCUUGUGGGUUUUCUGUUUGGAAGGAGUCGCAGCAUCUGUUUACAUUUACCUUAUCAAAUCUAGAAUGUGUAUAUUUGUAAAUGUAUGUCUUCCUAGGUACUGGUUUGUGAAAGUCUUUACAUAUUUCAAUACAGAAACUAAACAUUCAAUAGUGUGCUGUCAAAGUGUGCUUUAGCUCAUCUGGAUAUACCCACACUGUCAAGUAAUGUCCAAAAAUUAAUCAUUAAAACAUUUUUGAUUA